GUUUGAUGAAGCUCAGUCACCGCCGCGGACAUCUUGUAAAACCGCUUUAAAUGAUAGGAGGCAGACUUACGUGCCUAAGAAGAGCACUGAGCUCAGAGGACAGCAACACAGAGUUUUGGGGGUGUGCUUUGAUUUUUGCACCUCAAUGGCAGGAUCCUCCAACGAUUCAGACCACUUCCGCUCUCAUGACCGAUUGGGUCGAUGGGCUGCCAGUUCAAUACACAGGGAAACUCGAAAUCGUCCUACUGUGGAUGUCACUGAGAAGGUCAACACUAUAACAAGUACUUUACAGGACACUAGUCGGAACCUGCGGCAAGUUGACCAGAUGCUUGGACAGUAUCGAGAAUAUAGUAAUGGACAGGCGGGGGCUAUAGAACACUUAAAAGAAAGCUUGGAGCAAUCAAUAGGCCAACUGCGGAGUCAACGGUUAUUGAGAAACUCAGGAGGGAGAAGUAUUUCUGUUACAAGUCUGAGUACAAGUGACCUCGAUGGUGGCACUGUGACAGAGAGCCACCGUUUUCCACCUACCUCACCUCUGAAGGACUAUGGGGAUCAACAGCGUAUUAAACGAAAUAGGUCCAGAACUGGUGUCCGAUUUGUUCGGGAGACUGAUGACGUGGGCCAGUUUCAUGCUUUUCAUCAGUCCCUCCGAGACCUCAGCAGUGAACAAGUUCGCCUUGGAGAUGAUUUCAACCGGGAACUUGCCAGAAGAAGCCGGGCACGGAGAGAUGAAGUAACUCAGCUUGUUGGAGAUCAAAGGAGGGAUGUGGUGGAGUCAGAAUUCAAAUCUAGGCAGUCCGAUGCUGAAACAAAAAGGGCUUUGGAAGAACUGACUGAAAAACUUAAUGAGACCCAAAAACAAGAAGUGGUUUCAGAUCGGGUAGAGCGACGGCUUCAAGAAAUAGAAAGAGAGAUGCGUACAGAAAGAGAGCUGGUGGAAAGACGGCAGGAUCAACUGGGACUUAUUUCUUUGCAGCUACAGGAGGCAUUGAAGAAACAAGAAGCUAAAGCAGAGGAGAAUGAGGGAGUAGUGAAAAAUAAGCUAAGACAAAGUGAAACUGAAAAGAGUAAACUUGAACAGGAAUUGGAGCUAUCUCGAAGGUUAUUGAAUCAGUCAGAAGGCAGCAGAGAAACACUUUUGCAUCAGGUAGAAGAACUCCGUACACAGCUCAUGAAAGCAGAAGGUGAUCAAAAAGGCUUAGUACAUCAAGUAUCUCAGACUUCCAAACAACAGUCAAACCAUCAGGACGAACAAGAAGAUGACUGGAGGUUUAGAAGAGGGGUUGAGCGGGAAAAAGAGGAUCUGGAGAAGCAGAUGUCAGAUUGGAGAGUGCAGCUGAACUUCAGUGCAAUGGCAUCUGAGUUAGAGGAAGUGAAGCGGUGCUUGGAGCGAAAAGACAAGGAGAGAGUACAUUUGGCAGCACAAGUAGAGAAUUUAACAUGUGAAUUGGAGAACAGGGAGAAACAGCAACUAGAGAUGUUGGAUGAACUGAAGGAGAUCCAGAAUCACUUUGAGACAUGUGACGCCAGACAUAAGUGCGCUGACCUCCAGAUCUCAAAGCUGACUCAGCAUGCUGAGGAUGCAACCAAUCAGGCCGAGCAGUACCUCCUUGAGUUCCAGCAGUCGGAGGCCCUGAGACAGGUGGCAGAGGAGAGGAGAGAAGAGCUGAAGGUGAAAGCUCAGGAGUCCAUUAGGCAGUGGAAGCUUAAGCAUAAGAAGUUAGAGCGAGCACUGGAGAAACAAUCUGAAACUCUUGAUCAACUGACAGACAAGAAUAAUCAGAUUCUAAAAGAAAAGGAUGAAUUGAAAAGCCAGCUUUAUGCAGCGUUACAACAAAUAGAGAAUCUUCGAAAGGAAUUGAAUGAUGUGCUAACCAGGCGCGCCCUUCAAGAGGAGGAGCUUCACUGUAAGGAGCAGAAACUAAGUGAUGUUAAGUCUCAUCAAGCUGACCUUGAACUAGAAGUCAGGGAUUCCCUGGAUACCAUCCAUAGGCUAGAAAGUGAAUUGAAAACGCAGAGUAAGAUUCAAAGCCAGAUGAAAGCUGAGAAAGCGCACCUGGAGGAAGAAAUUGCAGCGCUGAAGGAGAGCCAGGCCAAGGACCAAGCUCAGCUUCUUGAGAUGCAAGAGGCCAUCAAGGACUUGAGUGCCAUCCGGGCAGAUCUCGCCAAUAAAUUGGCAGAGGAACAGAGAGCCAGGAAAGAGGUACUCAAGAACCUCUCUGACCUCAAGACACAGGCAAAAUCCAAAGACGAAGAAACAGCUACAAUCGUUACACAGUUAAAGCUGGAAAGAGAUGUUCACCAGAGGGAGCUGGAAGAUCUCACAUUCUCAUUGCAGAGUAUGAAAACUAAACAUGAACAGAGUAUCCAGGAGCUGAUGAAGCACUUCAAGAAAGAAAAGAGUGAGGCCGAGAAUCAUAUUAGGACACUGAAGGCAGAAAGCUUAGAAGAUAAGAAUAUGGCUAAAGUCCAGUGUUCUCAGCUAGAGAAGUUGAAAUCACAGUAUGACAGGCUGACAGAGGAAUUAACUCAGAAUGAAAAUGAGAACAAAAAACUGAAGCUAAAGUACCAGUGUUUGAAGGACCAACUAGAAGAAAAGGAAAAACAUAUAAACAAUGAAGAAGAGCACUCAAGGAGGAUGGAAGAGGCCAGAUUGCAGCUCAAGGAUCAACUUCUUUGUCUGGAGACUGAACAGGAAUCCAUUCUUGGUGUGAUAGGAAAGGAAAUUGAUGCAGCUUGUAAAACCUUCUCCAGGGACUCAAUGGAGAAAUUGAAAGUUUUUUCAUCUGGUCCUGAUAUUAAUUAUGACCCACAUCGCUGGUUAGCAGAAAGCAAGACUAAACUUCAAUGGCUCUGUGAGGAACUGAGAGAGAGAGAAAACAGAGAGAAGAGUCUACGGCACCAGCUGAUGUUGUGCAGACAACAACUCGGGAACAUGACUGAAAACAAGGAGGCUGAGCUUCAGUGUCUCUUUGAACAGAUAGAAAGACAGGAGCAGCUUCUGGAAGAAAUACAUCGGGAGAAGAGAGAUCUGCUGGAGGAGACUCACAGAAAAGAUGAAGAAAUGGAAUCUCUGCAGGACCGUGUACAUGCGUUAGAAACGAGUACCCGAGUGGCCUUAGACCAUCUGGAGUCUGUGCCUGAGAAACUGAGCCUACUAGAAGAUUUCAAAGGCUUCAGAGGUUCGCGCAGUUUAUCUGACAGAAUUGACGGGAGAUCUUCUAAGUACAGAGUUCACAGAGAGUCUCUUCAGCAGCGCCUGGAUGACACCAAGUACAGAAUCCCAAGCUUCCAAGAUGACAGAAACUUUGCUGAAAGUUCCCACGCUCAUGGGUUAGAUCAGUCAUCCUCUUGGCAGGAUCACAGCUGCUUCCUGUCUAGUCCUCAAUUUUCACACUUGCACUCAUUUAUCCAAAGAACAGUUGCUCCAGAUUCACCUUCAAUCAAGGAAGAUGCCACAAGUUUACUGAUGGAUGGAACAAGUCCACAGUCCAAAAAGGAGGAAUACGAAAGCAAAAACAGCAAAAUGUGUCGUCAGUCACAUUUUUCUGACCAAAAUUUGGAUUUAUAAUUGAGGUGUUUCAAAAAUGACUGGCUAAAAAGGAGGAAAAUGAGUACCCCUUGAGGCAGAAGUUGCCAGCACUUUAAAUUCAGGGAGUGUUUAUAUACAAUUGAUUUUAUUUUGAUGCUUUCUCCCUCAUAAGUUAUCAUGUGUUAUAACAUGUCAUGGAGAUAUGCAUAUAUAAUAUUAGGCAGUCCGCUUUACAAAUGUUCAGGAUUGUUACAUCCAUCAUCUCAGCAGUCUGCUACUACGUGCAGUAUCUUAAAAUUUUUUUCCAAUCAUCCAUUUUUUAUAGCAAUAAAGAAUUUACAAAUGAUAUUUGAAUUGUAGAGCUCUAAAGAAUUCAUUCGUAGCACAAUUUAUUUAUUUGUCUCUUUGUGGCCAAAUAUCCCACUGUGACCACUCCAGUCAUAUCCUGGACCAUCUUUGGUUUACUCUGACCAAAAUCACAGCACCAAACUCCUGUGUCCAUGACAUCUACUUGCCAAGAGUUCUAGUAUAAUUUGGUACUAUCUAUCUGCUUUCAGCAUCUUAGCCUUUCUCGACAUCAAAGUGUUUUUAAGAACCUAUCCCCUUUACAUGCUGAUCUACCAGUGGAGAAAGAUUUCUAUUAAAUGCUAAAUAAGAAAAAACAUCCAGGAACUAAAUCCCACUGAGUCAUAAUGGAAAGAUUCUGAACAGAGACAAGGACAAUAAAGAGAUAUCUUUGGAAUGUGCAUUACAUUUUGUGUUUGUUAACAUCUACUCACUUUUUAGAUUUCUCAUAUUUCAUGAAGAUGCUUCUUUUUCUACUCAAGAUACGUUUUCCUAACUUACCACAUUUGAAUGUGCAGAAGAAAUGGCAUUCUCCGUGAACUGGAACUCAAUGGUCACUACGGAAGACAGAGAUAUUUUAUUUCAAAAUUUACCAGUACAAUCUACAUAACCUCUGAUAGUACAGCCUUGCAUUUUCUCAUUUAUUCAUUCCAAAAACCUUUUACUGAGUUAUUACCAGUAAACCAGUAAACACCAGUCAUGGUGUUAAGAAGGAAAAAAGAGACAUAAGUACAGGUGUGUAUGUCCCAAAGUUUGUUUGGCACUAGGAAUUACGUGAGAAAGGAGUGAUGUGUUCAGGCUGGCUGGAGAAAUUCUGGAGUAGACACCACUAAGCAGGUUUGAUUUGUUUGUAUCUAACCUUGAGACUUGGAGCCAUUGAUGUGCUAAUGAGCACCAGAGGUUCUAGUGGGGGUGGUAUCACUCUAUGGUAAUAUCUGGGGUAUUGAAAAAUUAUGUCAGUAUUUUUUCCUUGAUGUUUUGACCAGUACCAUAAUAUUGAUAUUUUAUCUCCUUGGAUCUAAAUGACUAACUGGGAAGGAAAUAAGGGAGAAAAUUAACAGGUUUUAUUUAAAUCCUACAGAUAAUGGUUAGAUAGCCUUUCACUUAAUGUGUUGGGAAGAACUUCAUGUGGUCCAUUCUUUUUAAUAGAAACUGAUCUAAAGCAUUAUUAGCACAUCUGUGGUCAUUAAAAAAAAAAAAUUACAUCAGGCCAGUUAGGCCUGAAAAGUGAAGGUAAUUCAGAUUGUGUACUUGGCAAAUCCUUGAAAACAUGUUAGCUGAUGAUUUUAUAACAGAGAGGGAUCUUAUGAAAGACUGUUUUUAAUCUAAAAAAAAAUAAAGCAUGAUAUCAUA